AUGUUGGUGUUAAGUAAAUCUUUUUUUGUUGGCCUUAUGGUGUGCAAACGAGAAAAUCCAGAGAGAACCUUUGACUUGGUAUUGAAAGUGAAAUGUCACGCCUCUGAAAAGGAAGAUCCUGUGGUACUGUGGAAAUUCCCUGAGGACUUUGGAGACCAGGAAGUACUACAGAGCGUGCCAAAGUUCUGUUUCCCCUUUGACGUUGAAAGGGUGUCUCAAAAUCAAGUUGGACAGCACUUUACCUUUGUUCUGACUGACAUUGAAAGUAAACAGAGAUUUGGAUUCUGCAGACUCACAUCAGGAGGCAAAAUUUGUUUGUGCAUCCUUAGUUACCUGCCAUGGUUUGAGGUAUACUACAAGCUUCUAAAUACUCUGGCAGAUUACUUGGCUAAAGAAUUGGAAAAUGAUUUGAAUGAAACUCUCAAAUCACUCUAUAACCACCCAGUACCACAGGCAAACACUCCUGUCAAUUUGAGUAUGAAUCAAGAAAUAUUUAUUGCCAGUGAGCAAAUUUUGAAAGAUCAGCUCUCACUAAUACCGCAUUCUUACUUCAUUGCCCCUGAUAUAACUGGACUCCCAACAAUACCAGAGAGUAGAAAUCUCACAGAAUAUUUUGUUGCUGUGGAUGUGAACAAUAUGCUGCAACUGUACGCCAGUAUGCUACAUGAGAGGCGCGUCAUUAUUACCUCUAGCAAAUUAAGCACUUUAACUGCCUGUCUCCAUGGAUCGGCUGCUCUGCUCUAUCCAAUGUACUGGCAACACAUAUACAUCCCAGUGCUUCCUCCACACCUGCUGGACUAUUGCUGUGCCCCAAUGCCAUACCUGGUCGGAAUACACUCCAGCCUCUUAGAGAGAGUGAAAAAUAAAUCAUUGGAAGAUGUGGUUAUGUUAAAUGUUGAUACAAACACUUUAGAAUCACCAUUUAAUGACUUGAACAACCUACCAAUUGAUGUGGUCUCGGCCUUGAAAAAUAAACUGAAGAAGCAGUCUACAGCUACGGGUGAUGGAGUAGCUAGGGCCUUUCUUAGGGCACAAGCUGCUUUGUUUGGAUCCUACAGAGAUGCACUGAGAUAUAAACCUGGUGAACCCAUCACUUUUUGUGAGGAAAGUUUUGUAAAGCACCGCUCAAGUGUGAUGAAGCAGUUCUUGCAAUCAGCAGUUAACCUUCAACUUUUUAAGCAGUUUAUUGACGGUCGACUGGCAAAACUAAAUGCAGGAAGGGGUUUCUCUGAUAUCUUUGAAGAAGAGAUCACAUCAGGUGGCUUUUGUGGAGGGAAUCCAAGGUCGUAUCAACAGUGGAUGCAUACAGUUAAGAAAGGAGGUGCACUGUUCAACACAGCAAUGACCAAAGCAACUCCUGCUGUACGGACAGCAUAUAAAUUUGCAAAAAAUCAUGCAAAGCUGGGAUUAAAGGAAGUGAAGAGUAAGCUAAAACAUAAGGAAAAUGAGGAAGAUUGUGGGGCCUGUUCUGGUACAGUACAACAUACACCAGUUUACACAUUACACAGUGAAAGGAAAGAGAACCUGGAAAAGCGCAAACUUGCCCCGGCACGCUUGAAAAAGUCUCUUCAGAGCCUGGAUGGUGCCCUAUGUGAUGACGAUGAGGACAGCGAAAGAGCAAGCAAGUUAUCUGUGGAAGAUGGCGAAGAAGCUUCUGCUUAUUUUUAUGAAAGUGAUGAUUCUGUCGAAACAAGAAUAAAGGCUCCUUAUUCAGGUGAAAUGGACUUGUUAGGAGAGAUCCUCGAUACACUGAGCACACACAGCUCAGAUCAAGGAAAACUGGCAGCUGCAAAGAGCUUGGAUUUCUUCAGAUCAAUGGAUGAUAUUGAUUACAAACCUACGAAUAAAUCCAAUGCUCCUAGCGAAAAUAACCUGGCCCUCUGUGGUGGCUGUGGAGAUCAAGCAGAGUGCAACCUGGGGCAGGAUGACAGCGCCCUGCAUGGCAAGCACCUCCCUCCGUCUCCCGAGAAGCAGGUUUCCGCUAGUGGCUUGACGGAGUCUCUGUUUAUCUUGAAGGAGGAAAACAAUGAAAAACACCUCAGUGCCGGCAACGAGUGUGGCCCUCCUGUGGUGGGAAAGCCAGCAUCUCCCUCAGGACUGGGUUCCCAGCUAGCUCCCCCUGAAGUUUCCCAAACGAAUAAAGGAGAAACAGAAAAGGAGGAAACACUAAGCCAGGUUUCAGAUGAUCUGUUUGUGCCCAGCCUUGGGAGAUGUUCCUCUACUUUUGUUCCUUGGGAGAAAGAGGGAAAAGAAGUCAAGGAGAAUUCGGAAGACCUUGGACUGCUCUGUGAGAUGGUGUCACUGCAUCACCUGUUGUCCGACUCCGGGCAAGGCUCACACAUUUCAAAAGGAAGCGCAAGGGGAAACCAAGUGUAGAUCACCGUGAGGGUGUGUCCCUCUCAUCUAACCGUCCAGGAAGCACUUGGGGAUCCCCUGUGAUCUGUGUAGGGACUAAAACUGUUUGGAAGGAUGACAACUCUUUCUACUAUUUAUUUUGUUUUUUCAUUUGGAACAAACCCCACUCGCUCAUCUCAUGGAUAUAUGUUAUCCACUGACUUUUAAAUGUAAAGCAAAUUCUUCUACUGUGCUAUUAAACCAGGUACGAGUUAGUAUGUAUGUGGAGAGGAUAUGUUGAACAUAUGAUUUCCAAGUAUUUGGUGCUUAUGCCAUUCAUUUUAUUUAAAAUAAGUAAGCAUAUAUAAUCCUUACAUGUAGCCAGUAGCUACUGUAUUAAUCUGGUUGAGCAUGAACUGAUCAAGAUGUCCCAUUUUAUCAAAACGAGCCUGAAACUGAUAAAACUCUUAAUCCACUAAUUGCCUUAAUCUUAAAGCUCCACCAAGCAUACGUCAUAGCUUAAGAAAUUACAUGUAAAGUUUGAAAGAGAAGUUAUUUGUUCUGCAGAGCAAUAAUGCCUUUUCUACUCAUCCAUUUAAGGUCAAAUUUAAUUUUUUUCAAGGUUUAAAAGCUCUCUUGUGGAAAUACUUGCUUUUAUAAGGAUACUGCAGCCAUGUUUUUCAAAACAUAAAAAGGUACAAAUUUGCCUUUCACUCAGUGACGUAUAUGAAGUACUUAGUUGCAGUGUGAAGUUAAUGACUUUUGUUUACAAAGGAGACUCAAAAUGUCUGUGGUCUCUCUGUCUGCCUUUGCUAUCCAGGGCCCCCUCAAGAAAGCCAAAUGCAAGCCAAACUGUCCUACAAAGGAAUUUUUUCUGUCUUUUUUCCUUAAUUAAUAUUUUUUCUGUAGAAAAUGCUUUAUAUUCUCAUCUCAGAUUACAUUUUAAAUAAUUGACUUUAUAUUUUAGAAGUUUUAGAUUUAUGGAAAAAUUGCAAAGAGUUGAUAGAAGGCUCCAUGCACACAAGUUCUCUCAGUGUCUGAAGAUAGCAUGGUCCUUCUGCCGCAGCUAAUGAGCCAGUAUUGGAAGCCUGCUCUUUACUCGGAUUUCCGGUUUCCUCUACCCUGUAGUAUCUGUUUUCUGUCCCAGCACACCACACUCCACCCAGUUGUCAUAUCUCCUUAGUGUCCUCCUGGCUGUGGCAGUUUAUUAGACUUUACUGACAGUUUUGAGGACUAUUGGUGAGAUAAAUUGUAGAAUGUCCUUCCUUCCCUUGGAGUUUGUCUAACAUGUUUCUCAUAGAUUAGAUUUCUCACGAGGUGGUUCUGGGAAGAGGAGCACAGAAAUAAACUGUUGUUUUCAUCUCACAUGAUAUCAAGGUACUGCUUGUCAGGUUUCUGUCCCGGAAAGUUACCACUGCCCGCCUUUCUACACUGCUGUCUUUGGAAUGAGGUCACUAUGGGCAGCCCACUCGUUUCCUCUAAGGCAGAGGAGUAUCCAAGUAAAUUAUUUGGAGUUCUUCAUAGGAAAUUCAUCUCCCUGAUAAGAUUCAUCUUACUGAUAAGCUUUGGAGUUCAUCUGAGAAGGAAUCAUAUGCUGGCUACUUUAUGAUAGGCUAGACUGCCAGGAAUAAUCAGGAAAUAAAAAAAAUCCUUGGUGAUGUUAUGGUUAAUUUGUUUCUGUGCUCAGUCAUCCAUUCUGUACAUCGUAAUCAUGAUUUUUAAAAAACAUCUCUUUAGAAAAAGUGUUCAAGAAACCAUCCAAGAAUCCCAAUAAGAUUGUACUCUAAAGUAUUUACUGAUAGAUUAUGAUUUCCUUUAAAAUCCUAGAAGGAGAAUUCUCAAAAACAUUGCUUAAAAUAUUUAUUCAGGUAGUUUUUAAAGAAAAUAACAAAAUAUUUUAUAAAACUGUGUUCCAUAAUCUAAAUGUAUAUCUUGUAUUAGAGAUAAUUAUUCGUUCAUGAUUAUACAGGAAGAAAAAUCUAGUUUUAUUCUAGGGUGGACUCUAUAUAAAGAAAAUUCAUGUAAUACUUUUUAAAAACAGAAAAGUAAGAUUCAAGUUCUUGUCAAAUUUUGCCUCUUACGCUCAUUACAAAUUUUAAUCUAUAUCAGUGAAAUACAUAAUAAAGUCCAAAUAAGAGCUUUUAAGUCACCAGGAAAAAGGUUACCCUAGUGAUUAAUCUGAUUGACAAAUACUCCUUAAUUUAUAAAAAGAAUUUAAAAUAACAUUUACUAUGAAUUUUGAAAUGAAGCAGUUUUUUUUUUUCAGAACUCAGUCUGAGGAAUAAGCUAAUCAGGAGUAUAGCAUGAACCAUAUUUGGGUUUUAUUCCAUUUACUUAACAAACAUCAUCACCACAGAUUUUCUGUUUUUCAGUUAUGUUACAAGAUGAUUGGCUCUGGUACUACUGUGUUGUCUUGAGGAUAUUAAGCCAUUCACAGAUAAUGUAGUUGUCUUAAGGUAUUUUAAAGUGAUUUGUGCCUUAUUUUAAACAUACAAAAUUACCUAUUUUACUCUGUUAAAAAACAACAGUAAAAGCCAAACUCUACCUGUUCUUCUUGAAAACACAGAAAACUAGUAGCAGUUAUUAACAUUUCAGACCAUGUGCAAGGUAUGAUAACUGAAGGUGUAGGGAAAUAAAAUAAUGGAAUUGGAAAUAUUGUGAGAUGAUGAUGGUGAUGAUGGUGAUGAUGAUGAUAUUGUAUUAAUAUUGUACUCUGCUUACGAGUUACUAGCCCAAGGUUCUAUCACCAAAAAAGUUGUUUUUAAUAGCUGUUUAAUCAAAAGCAUGUUCUGAGUACAGUACCAUUUCUCAUUUCAUUAUCUUCCUUAAUUAUUACAUUAAUAACAAUAAUGCUGCUACGAUACUCACUUUUAAAGGACAGAUUCAGAGACAUUUUUGGAAGGUCAGUGUCCUUGUUAGCUGGAUUCUUCAGAUGAGCAAAGCACCACAGGGCCUCCUUCGGCAGGGAAAGAUGCCCCUUUUGUACUUACGCCAUUCUGCUCAGUUGAGGAAUAACAGAAGGUAUGGAAUCCAGUUUUUUCUUUUUCAAGAUCUUGAUAAUAACAUUUUCCAGAAACAGUUCCUUCCUUUUGAACUGAAACUGUAUGUGACAGUUGCUGUAAUUAGGAUUCUAUCCUAAUAUUUAGUAAUAGGUUUCGGGAAUGCUAAUGAAUUAAUUGUUUGUUAAUAGUAAAGAAGUAGACUUCUGAUCGAGAGGAGAAAACUGAAUAUUCUUAUCCAUAGACCUUCAUUCUCUAUUUGGAUUUUCAGGAGAUUAAUUACUUUCAUGAAUAAAAUUUCUAGUAAGAAUUCUACUUGUUUGCUAUCAAAGAUUCUGAAUGUGAGAAGAUAUUUGUAAAUCAGAAUAUAAAUUUAGGAAUGUAAAAUGAAUCCUCAAAUUUAAUUUUCCUCAAAACACUUCUUAAUAUAGGAAAUAGUUUUUAGAAAUUCUGUGUCAUUAUUAACACCUUUCCUACAUGGAGCCUAAUGGUAUUGUUAAUGUAUGUUUCUUAAAGCUUCUUUGAGAGGCAGAAUGUCUUUGAGCAAAUCAGUGAACGUUAUGACUUGGUCAAGAAAUAGGAACUUAUGUACAUUUAAACAAAAAUUUUAUUUGAAAAAUAAUAGUAUUUUGUGCAAUAUUUUUUCUUGCAUAAUUUAGUUCAUAUACAUAUACACAUCUGCUUUUCUAGCAGAUGCCUUAAGGUCACAUCUUUCAGUAUUUGUGUAAAUUGUAUGUAGCAAUGCUCUGUGUGAUUUUAGAAAAGAGCAGUCUUUAUAUUGUUGGAAGGAAAAAAUGUUUUUAUUUAAAAUAAUUAUGAUAUUGCAUUAUUGUAUUAUAACUAACUGCCUCAGCAACAAUAAAUAUGCAAUAAGAAAAUCCCGUAGCUUAGAUUAAUAUUGACAAUACUGUUACCUUAAAUGUUAUGGUACAAAGUGCUGAUUCUACGUGUGUACAGUUAAGUACUCUGCUCUGCACCACAUAAACCGAAAUGACAUUUGUAUGGUGAUGACCGUGAUGUAGAGUGUAACAUCUUUUGCAAUGCGUCCUUGCUAAGACUUAUAAAGGGCAUUGCCAAUACUUUUAACUGUCUGUAAAGUAAGUUAAUUUUUUGUAUGAUGUACAGUUUGUUUAACCUUAGAGCUUCUAUAGAUUUCUACUUUUAUUAUACUUGAAUGAGGUAGAUGCACUGUGGAAAAUUGGUGGCUCUGGAUGCAAUAUGCAAAUAUACCAAAAAAAUAAAACCAGGUACC